AUGGCGUCCGCGGCCGCGCAACUUUCGCUUCCGCGCAUCUUCCGUUCAUCUCCAGACGUCCACUGUCAGUCGUCGAGCCGCCAUCGCUCCGCCGUGCUUCCGCGUUUCACGGGCUUAAAAAUCUCGUCACCAGCUGAGCGAAUAGGCGGUGAAAAUGCGUUCCGCGGUACCAGUGCCGUGCCUGGCCGAAAAGGGGGAAAGGGGGAACCUCUCCGCCUUCCGAGUGCGCUGGCGCGCGCGGACGUUGUGGUGGCUGCGGCGGAAGGCGGAACCCGCGCGCCGCCGCGGGAUCGGAAGCAGAAGCUCGCUCCGCCGAGCGGGCGCGCGGGGGGCGCGGGGAGAUCGGGAGGCGGAAAGAUUCCGUACGAGCUCGAGGCGGUGAUCAGCAAUCUCGUGUCGCUGGCGCCACGUGGCAGCAUCUCGCGAUGCAUGGAGACGUUCAAGGGGAAGCUGACGCUGCCGGACUUUGCGCUGAUCUUCAAGGAGUUCGCGCAAAGGGGAGAUUGGAUCCGCGCCAUGCGCCUGUUCAAGUACAUGCAGCGGCAGCAAUGGUGUGCGCCCAACGAGUACAUCUACACCAUCAUGAUCGGCAUCAUGGGUCGCGAGGGCAUGUUGGACCGUGCACAGGAGCUGUUUGAGGAGAUGCCGGAGCAUGGAGUGGAGUGGAAUGUGUAUUCAUUCACGGCUCUCAUCAAUGCAUAUGGGAGGAAUGGCAUGUAUGAGCGCUCAUUGGAUCUGCUGGCAAGGAUGAAGAGGGAGGGGGUAGCAGCGAACAGCAUCACAUACAACACCGUGCUGCACGCAUGUGCCAAGGGCGCCAUGCCCUGGGAUGCGCUCGUUGAUAUAUUCGCCAAGAUGAGACAGGACGGCGUGCAGCCCGACAUAGUCACGUUCAACACGCUGCUAGCAGCUUGCAAUGCACGCUCGCUUGUGGAGCAAUCAGCUAUGGUCUUCCGCUCUAUGGUUGCCUCCCAGGUGCCGCCCAAUGCCCUCUCGUACGCCUCAUUGGUCGACACGCACCGCCGGGGCGGGCAGCUGGGCGGCGUGCGUCGUCUGUUCCAGGAGAUGUCGGAGGAGGAAGGGGUGGUGGCUGACGUGUCAGCUUACAACAUGCUCAUCGAUGCUUACGCUUGGGGGGGAGAGUACCAAGCAGCUCAAGAGGUAUUCAACGAGAUGCAGCAAGCUGGUUGCAUCCCCAACGUCGCCACCUAUACUGCCCUUCUUAAAGCCCUCGGGUCCAACGGCAGCUACCACCACGUGCGAUCUGUCUUCACCCAGAUGAAGGCCUCUGGGAGGAAACCCGACCUCGCCACGUACCAGACCCUGCUGGACGUUUUUAUUUCUGGAGGGUUCUUCCGAGAAGCUUCGCGGCUGUUCUGGGACAUGGAGGAGGAUGGGGUGGAGGUGGAUGAAGGGGCGUUCACCUCUCUGCUCGUGGCGUGUGGAUUGGGAGGGCUGACAACCGAGGCCACAGAAAUCUACAGGUUCAUGCGAGAGCAAUCACAGGUGCAGCCAUCAUCCUCGCUAAUGGAGGCUCUGAUAAGCGCGUAUGGGCAGGCAGGCAUGUAUGACCAUGCACUGACGGCCUUACACGAGAGCAUGGAGAUGGGACUCUCAGACCAGCCGGGUCCUUUCCUCGCGCUCAUGGAGGCGUAUGCAGCAGGGGGCAUGCACGACGACGCAGCGUUCGUCUUUGCUCUCAUGAUGCAAUCCGAUGGGGGGAGAGCAGCAGCAGGCGCAGCAGCAGGAGCAGCAGGAGGAACAACAGGAGCAGCAGCAGGGGGAUUUUUGUCAGGAGACACAGUUAAUGCAGGAAACACAGCUGUCUCGCUCUCUUCCCCGGCCCUCACCUCCUCUCCCUCCUCCUCCUCCUCCGCCUCCUCCUCUGAUCCGUAUCCCGCUGAUGCGUCUCUGCGGACGUUCAAUGCUCUUAUCGAGGCGUUCACUAAAGGGGGGCUCUACAACGAAGCGAUUAAAGUCAGCGAGGACAUGGAGCAAGCCAACUGCCGGCCCUCUCUGGCAACCCACGCAGCCAUGGUGGCUGCAUACAGCGCUGCAGGCACGUUUGAGGCCGCUUAUGCACAGACGACAGAGAUCAGGGAGGAGGGCAUGGUGCCGCCCGCUGCCAGUUACUGCCAUUUGCUGGCGCUCUGUGCCAGAAGGGGAAGGUGGCAGGACAUGAGGCGGCUGAUCGCGGAGAUGGAGGGGGGCGGAACGGGGGAGGAGCACCGGGUGGUGAGGGGACUGCUGGUGGGGCGGUAUGAGUCGGAGGAGUUCUGGCCGAUUGCAGAGGACUUCUUUGGACGCCUCAAGAGGGAGGGAGUGGCGGUCAACCGAGUCUUCCUCAACGCCCUCAUGGACGCCCUCUGGUGGGCGGGCAGGCGAGCCACAGCCCUCAAGCUGCACGCACCAGCCACCAGCCUCGCCGUCUUCCCGGAAGCUUCCUACCGCUCGCCCACCCUCUGGUCCCUCGACGUGCACCGUUCUGCUCAGAAGUCCAAGUUUGGCUCACAAGUUGGCUUUUGA